AUGGACAGACAAGGUCUGAGAGACCUCAACAGAAGGGAAGCAGUCAUCAGGGAAGGAGUUGAGACACACAUCAUCACAAAACUACAAACAGAGCCCAGGUGGAGCUACGAGAGUGUGAAAGUGGUGAACAAGUUCAACAAUGCAGUAGAGGAGUAUCCUGAAGUUGAAAAGUGUCUCUGUACAUGGAUAAAACAGGCACGGAAUAAUAACAUUCCAAUAAGCGGACCAAUGAUCAAAGAGAAAGCUCAAGAAUUUGCAACUUUAUUACACGAUUAUUCCCCUGAUGACGUAUUCAACGCCGAUGAAGCAUGCGUAUUCUACAAGUGUCUACCGGAUAAAAUAUUUACGUUCAAAGGUCAGUCUUGCCAUGGUGGUAAAUUGAGUAAAGAUUGGGUCACUGAACUUGAAGGAAGUUGUUCAGAUGUUCUUAAAUCUAUAGAAGAGAAUAAAAGUCCAGAAAUCAACAUCCUCCAGGCCAUGAGAUUUGCAAGAAAAGCUUGUUUUUCUCUAAGCAAAACCACAAUUAGUAAUUGCUUCCAAAAAGCUGGAUUCAAAGUGACCAAUGUAUCUGAUCCUGAGAGCCUUCAAGAGGAACUAGAGAUUUGUGCAGCGUUUCCAGAACGGGAUAGAAUAUUUACCACAUGUAGGAAUGACUUAAAUGAGCAGCAGGUGAAUUUUCAGGAUUUCGUUUCUAUGGAUGAUAAUGUACUCAUUUCAGAGAAGCUCAAUGAUGAUGACAUAGUUGCUAUGUAUUCUUCUUUGGACACAGAAGAAGAAGAAGAAGAUUGUGAAGAGACUCCAGUAAAAAUUUGA